AUGACAGUAUUAUCCUCUCUAACUAUCUACAGUAACCCAAAAUGUUUGAUUUGCGAAAAUGAUGGGAAUGGUGUGCAUUUUGGGGUGCAAACAUGUCGAGCAUGUGCAAUGUUUUUCAGAAGAUCCUUACACCAACAAACAGAAUUUCAAUGCAAAAAUCAUUCAAAAUUUUGUAAAAUCGAAAAUGCGGAUAGUCGGCUGAUGUGCAAAUUUUGUCGACUGAAAAAGUGCCAAACAGUUGGGAUGAGCAAUGAUAAAAUGACCCAAAAACCCGUUAAAUGGAUCGAUAUUGGCCCAAUUAUCAGGAGAAGUCGGGAAAUUUUAGAAGAGUUUCAUCCUCCAUCUACAUUCAAGUUCCAAUCAUUGAAUGCACUUCAAAAAAUGACAUUUUCAUUGGCUAAAUUCAGAAAUGCACAGAAAAUGAAAACGAAAAUUUUGGAUUUUAUGACAUUUGAUGAUUAUUUUAUGCAUUGGGAGGAAUGGAUGACACGGGCGGCCGAGUGGUUAAUGCAUUCUGUGCAUUUUCGUUUACUACCAAAUCAUGAAAAACUUCAAUUUUUCAAAAUCGUCUGGGCAGUUUGGCGUCGUUUUGAACGGAAUUCAAUGUCGGCAAAAGUUUUCGGAAAAAAAUGUUUGGAUGAGAAGUUAUUGCUCAUUUCGGACGAUACUGUAACAGUAUUUGACAAAUUGACAAUUGAUCAUUCGGAGAUUCAAGGACCAAGAUUGCAUGAGUGGAGAGCAAUCCUGCGACACAAUCUUCUCCAAUACUUUGAGCUCGUCGUUCGGCCGUGUUUGGAAUGGAAUUUCACAGAAAUGGAAAUCAAUUUCGCAUUAUCUCAAAUUGUCUGGAAUUAUGCGUCCCGUAAAUUAUUGGGACAAACUCUUCAAGCGGCUGACUCAUUUUUGGCUGAAAUUUCUGAAAAUCUACAUGAAUAUUAUCAAACUGAGCUGAAAAUCAAGAACUAUGCGCCAAGACUGGCGGUGAUUAUGGAUAUGGUCAAUGGAGUGUUGAAAAACCAACUGGAACACGAAAAGACAAUGGAGAUGGCAUUUUUGUUUGAUAUGCUCAGCAUUGUGGUCUCCGAGCCUGCAUUUUUCAUUGUUUAA